UCCAUUCUCCUCUUUCUGUCUUUUUUUUUUUCUACUGGAACACGAUGGGAAGCGUAGUUUCUACCGUAGUUUCAAACGGCUUUGAAGCUGCCAAAAAUUUGGUUUUUGAAAAGGCCAACAAGUAUAUAUUCAAACUGGACGAUCAUCUUAAGGAUUUGGAAGAAGUUAAGCCAGACCUCGAAGAUAAGAAGGUUGCCUUACUGGAGAAACUCGAGAUGAAUGAUCGAAACGGUUUGCCAAGGGAUGAAAUAUGUAAGGAUUGGAUUUCAAAAGUCGAAGCCAUCCAACCAAAGGUCAGUAAACUGCUUGAAGAUAAGACUGCAGAAUUGGAAAGAUUGUCUAUGUGCGGGAUCUGCUCCACCAACUUCUUUUUAACCUAUUGUUAUGGUAAAGAUGUAUUAGAAACGUUGGAGCAAGUACAAAGGCUCUUGUCCUCAAAACCUUCUGGUGAGGUGGCUAGGAAGGGUCUUCCACCUGGUAUAGAGGAGAUAGACACUCAAAGCACAAUCGGUUUAGAGAAGAUGCUUCAGACUACAUGGAGCCGUCUCAUGGAGACAGACGUUGGAAUCUUGGGUCUUUACGGGAUGGGAGGAAUAGGGAAAACCACACUUCUGGAAAAAAUCAACCAGAAGUUACUUGAAAAAAAAGAUGAGUUUGCGGUUGUGAUAUUUGUAGUGGUGACUCAAAAUCUACAAGUUGAAAAUAUCCAAAAUGAAAUCGGUAUGAGACUAGGCAUCUGUGACGAGGCGUGGAAGACAAAUACUCAAGAAGAGAAAACUUCUCGGAUAUAUCAUGUUCUUGCAAAGAGAAGAUUCGUUAUGUUAUUAGAUGACAUAUGGGAGAAAGUGGAUUUAAAGAAGAUUGGGAUUCCAUUUCCCUCACGAGAAAAUGGAAGCAAGGUUGUCUUUACCACUCGCUCGAAAGACGUUUGUGGGGGAAUGGAAUCUGAUCAUGACUUGGAAGUCAAGAAACUAGACCCGGAGAAUGCUUGGAAACUAUUCCGACCAAAGAUUAAAGGUAACACACUAAAUAAUCCAGAGAUCUACCAGCUAGCGAGGCAAGUUUGUGAGAAAUGUGAAGGAUUACCCUUAGCACUCAACGUUAUUGGGGAAACAAUGUCAUACAAAACGUCAGUACGCGAGUGGAAGAGUGCUAUUACAGAUCUGGUUACAAAUGCGGGUCAAUAUCCAAAGGUUGAAGACAAGGUACUUAAAAUUCUCAAGUUUAGCUAUGAUGAUCUUAAGGACGACACAAUAAAGCAAUGUUUCCAGUAUUGUGCUUUAUUUCCAGAAGAUGAAGAAAUUGAUAACGACAGGUUGGUUGACUUCUGGAUAUACGAAGGGUUCAUAGAUGAAGGUGGAGACAGAGAAGAAGCUAUCGACGAGGGUUAUAAGAUAAUUGGUGAACUCGUUCGUGCAUGUCUCUUGAUUCCUGUUGACACUUUAGAGAAAGUAAAAAUGCAUGAUGUGGUUCGUAAAAUGGCUCUUUGGGUUGCGUCUAAAUGUGGGGAAGAGACAGAGAAUUGUAUCGUCAUGGCGGGUACUGGACUGCAAGAGAUGCCUAAGGUUAAGAACUGGAAUGCGGUGACAAGGAUGUCACUGGCAAAAAAUGACAUUUGGAACGUCUCGAUUCCCCCCAAGUGUCCUAACCUUACCACAUUGUUGUUAACAGACAACUGGCUGGGGGGAAUCCCAGGUGAAUUUUUUCUAUCAAUGCCUAAGUUAGUGAUUUUGGAUCUAUCUUUCAACAGGAAUCUAAAAAUGUUGCCAGAAGAAGUUUCCAACUUAGUGAGCUUGCGAUAUCUUGACUUAUCAGGAACAAGUCUAUGGAACUUGCCUGUAGGAUUAGGAAAGUUGAUCCAGCUGAGAUACCUUUCUUUGAGAGCGGUACGAUGUCUUAGAAGCAUAAGUGUGAUAUCAAGUUUGGUAAAUUUAGAAAUGCUAUUGUUACAUGGUACUGGUUAUGUAAGUCUGGAGUUGCUAGAGGCUAUCAAGUUAAUGGAAAAUUUGAAAGUGUUGGGGGUAAGUAUUGACGAUGCGGAUGUUUUGGAACGUCUUUUAAGUACCCCCAGUUUGGUUAGAUGUAUCCAACAUAUAAGGGUGGCGGGAAUUGCUGAAAAAGACCGUCCAGUGCAGUUUGGAACGGCUAUGGCUAGCCUCCGCUCCAUUGAGAUAGAAAGAUGUAUCAUCUCUGAUACAAUAUAUGGACGCGGAUUUAUAAGUUCCACAUGGUUCGAUAACCUCAGCUCUGUAAUUAUUUGGGGCGGCCGUGGUGUACAGGAUUUGUCGUGGUUGUUGUUUGCCCCGAAUCUUAUAAGUAUAGACUUACUGGGGGAAGAAUGGGGAUUGAAAGAAAUUAUAAGCAGAGAAAAGGUUUACGAGAGGCCGAGUUUUGUACCCUUUCGAAAACUACGUGAGCUUAACUUACGCGUUUUGGAGGAACUCAAGAGUUUCUACUGGGAACGGUUGGAAUUGCCAAGUCUGAAGAGCAUGAUAAUAUUUAAGUGUCCAAAGCUGAAAAAGCUUCCAUUUAACAAGGAGAGGUUGAAGGGCAUUGAUAUACAGGCAGACAGAGAAUGGUUGAGAGGACUUGAGUGGGAAGAUGAAGCUACUGAAGACUAA